AUGGGACCAGGAAAUAAAACAAGCAUCUCAGAAUUCUUCUUCAGGUUUCCCAUAAAGCAAGAGCAACAGCUAUUUAUCUUUGGGCUCUUCCUAGGCAUAUAUAUAACCACUGUGGUUGGGAACUUUCUCAUUAUGCUGACCUUUGGAUCUGAUUCUCACCUCCACACCCCCAUGUACUUCUUCCUCGCCAACCUAUCUUUUGUGGAUCUCUGUCUAGUAUCCACCAUAGUCCCCAAGAUGCUUGUGAAUAUCCUGACCAACAAUCAGGACAUCUCCUAUGUUGGCUGCCUCACCCAGAUGUAUUUCUUCUCAGCCUUUGCCUGUAUGGACAAUUUCCUCCUUACUUUGAUGGCUUGUGAUCGUUUUGUGGCCAUUUGUCAUCCUCUGCACUAUGCUACCAUCAUGAGCCCACAGCUCUGUGUUCUUCUGGUUCUAUUGUCAUGGACUAUUAGCCUUUUAGAUUCCCUCCUUCAGAGUCUAAUGGCAGUGAGACUCUCCUUCUGUAAAGACCAUGAUCUCCCAUUUUUCUUCUGUGAUCUUCCUCAAAUUCUGAAGUUAUCUUGUACUGAAACUCUUAUCAAUAACAUCUUAGUAUAUUUUACAACUGGCUUGCUGGGUGUUCUUCCCCUCACAGGGAUUAUUUUCUCUUAUAUUAAGAUUUGUUCUUCCAUAUUGAGAAUCCCAUCACCUGGAGGAAAGUAUAAAGCCUUUUCUACCUGUGGAUCUCACCUUUGUGUUGUUUCAUUAUUUUAUGGCACAGUUUUUGGAGUGUAUCUGAAUUCCUCAGCUACCCACUCCUCCUGGAAGAGCACAGUUGCCUCAGUGAUGUAUGCUGUGAUCACCCCCAUGUUGAACCCCUUCAUCUAUAGCCUGAGGAACAAAGACAUAAAGAAUGCCUUGAAGAGACUCAUGAGAAGACCAAUCUUCUUUCAAUGA